AUGCAUGGCAAAGUGACGGCCACUUACGAAAGUGCCUCUUUGAGAAAAUUCAGAUUCGGUCGCGUCGAUAAUAUCCGAGCUUCCAGCCAAGAGGCUUUGGAUUUUUCAAGGUCUAUGUUAGAUCCUUCCCUGAGUCAGGCAGAAAAAUGGGAUAAAUUUCAAAAAGCCGUUAAAAAGCAAACCGAAAUUCUUCUCUACACAAUCAACGGAGAAGGACCGGAUAACCAUCUUCUGUGCUUAAAGGAAAUGGCUGCUCUGCACGGCUUAGAAGAACCGGCACUUUAUCAAACAGAUUAUUACAAAGAGUUCGUGAAUUUCCGCUUAUCCACCAGUCAGGUCGGGCAUCUUUCUAUGCAUUGA